AAGAUGGCGGACAUUCAGACUGAACGUGCUUACCAAAAGCAGCCUACCAUCUUCCAAAACAAGAAGUGGGUCCUGCUGGGAGAAACUGGCAAGAAGAUGCUUCCAAGAUACUACAAGAACAUCGGUCUGGGCUUCAGGACUCCCAAAGAGGCCAUCGACGGUACUUACAUUGACAAGAAAUGCCCCUUUACUGGUAACGUGUCCAUUUGGGGACCGAUCCUGUCUGGUGCAGUGACCAAGAUGAAGAUGCAGAGAACCAUUGUCAUCUGCCGGGACUACCUCCACUACAUCCACAAGAACAAUCGCUUCAAGAUGUGCCACAAGAAUAUGUCUGUGCACCUGUCUCUCUGCUUCAGGGAAGUCCAGAUUGGCAACAUCAUCAUGGUGGGCAAGUGCCAGCUCCUGAGCAAGACCAUGUGCCUCAAUGUGCUCAAAGUCACCAAGGCUGCUGGUAACAAGAAGCAGUUCCAGAAGUUCUUAGCCUGGACGUCUGCCUGCUCCCCAGGAAAUGCUGACGUGAACCAGAAACCCUCCCGCAUCAUGAUGUGUUGUGUUACUGCUGUGCUACCACGGCUGGCCCAAUCUGAAGCGGUGACCCCGAAGGACGACUCCGUGUCACCAGGUACCCGCUGA